AUGUCACCACCACCCCACGACGCCCAGAUCUGCGCGCAGACCUACAACCGCUGCCCCGAGGGCCUCUGCGUCCAGCGGCUGGAGCUUGCCGAGAUGAUGUUCGCCGCCAUCAGCGCCGUCGACGAGCUUGGUAAGCGGCGGGUGCUCAUUAUGGAGAAACUAUGUGAGGACCUCGGGACUUUGAAGUCUGAGGGGAUGUCGAGAGAGGCGAGGAGGAUGUUGAAGGAUGAUGUGAAGGAUGUGCGGAGGCUGCUGAGGAGGCUCGGCGAGGAUGCAGUAGGGGUGGGGAGGCUGGUGGGGAUGUGGGGGGAGAGGAAGGAUGGGAUGGAUGGUGGAGGAAGUGCGGCGGUUAGUGUGAUGCUGGAGGGGGAUGAGGAGUUUUUGAGGGGUGAGUAA